UAUCAGUCCGGCAACGCUGUGCGCGUAUAUGUCAUUUGGCUAGGUGAUUUGCAUGCAUUCCUUUUUAACUCUGCAAGACAUUGGAAUAACUUUCAAGUUUUGUACGAAGUCCUUAUAAGACGUAAAGCCUUUAUAUUUGGAAUCUGCUUGGUUUCCCGCAGUUAGCGUGAAAUAUGUAGGUUUCGUCGGAAAUGGACGAAUGUCCCCGGAAGGGGUACUUAAUUAGAAGAAAAUAAAGCCAUUUCCUCAACCACCAAACUGUCAAAUGGGAUUAUGAAGACGGCGGAUAUAUUUAAUAAUCUUUGUUUAAAGAUCGAACAAUUGCAAUCGGGUCGCACCGAGGUUGACAGGAAUAUAAUCUCCAAUACGCUCGAUGGGUUAAAUUCUCUUAAUUACCUGGACAGCGUGGUGAAAAACCCGACGAAAGCCGUGCUGCUGGUGAAUCAGCUGUGCAACUACGUGCCGCCCGACGACGGUCCGCUGAUCGCGAAAUGCUGCAAGUUCGUGGUAAACGUGAUAAAGUUGCAAAACGUCAACAUCGAGGGCAGGACGUUGACCGUGUCGGUUCAGUGGGGCCUUCGGGCCCUGAGAGCUAACGACGGCGAGGUCGCGGGCGACAUUUUGGCCGCGUUGGAGUCGCUCGCGCGGAGCGCCGCCCCGAAUACCUCGCUGAUUGACGGCGUAAUCAGGGAAGUGAGCGCGUUCCUGCACCAUCAGGGGACUCCGCGCGAGCGGGUCUCACUGGCGGCGCUGGAAUGUCUCGGAGCGUGCGUCCUUGCCUUAGACGACCGCUCAUCGUCGAAUUACCGCAGGUGCGCCGACGUUUUUUGCCGUCACCUGAGCGACGCGACCAAAUCGUUGGAUUUUGAGGUCGCCGAGGUCUGCUUGACCGGCCUGCGGGACGUGAUCGCGCGCCAUCCCGACUAUUUACGCGACGACCUCGGACUAGUUUUGGGCAUCGCAAAGAGCUACAUGGUGUUCGGCCUCAAGGACGUCGGCUUCGUCGAACCCGCGCGGCUGUUGCCGUCCGGGUUCAGCGUGCCGGAAAUUUCGACGACGGCGGCACGCGAGAAAAAGGGGGGAAAAGUGACGAAGCAACGGAAGCACCGCGCAUCUGUAGACAAGAAGGAGCGUAAACUCGACGGGCAGCCGGGGGCCUACAGGCCCGCCAACGUUUCGUUGCGCCACGACGUCGACCAGGGCGCGAGGACGAGUGAUUCCGAUGUCUCGGACUGCGAAGGUGGUCGAUUCGCGAACUUCAGUCGCAGGAACGCGCAAAUACGGUGCGCCGCCCUCAGUUUGUUGUACCACGCGGUCGGGCGUACCGACAAACCCGUCAUGUUCUCGUACUGGGCCUGCCUAAUGAACGGCGGGCCCCACACAUUGACCAUGUGCAUCCUGAAGGAUCCCUCGGGCAAGUGUCGGAUCGCCGCGUUGAACGUCCUCCUCCAGCUGCUCAACAUGGCCAAGGCGUAUUUGUGCCACGCGGAAUACAGCGCGAGGGGCGGAUCGUUCACGCCGUACUCGGUCGCCCUCGGCGUGACCUUGUCCGACCUUCAUCGGACGCUGAACCUCGCCCUUAGCGACGUCUCGGUGCCGGUACUGACGCAGGCGCUGAAGUGCGUCGCCGCGCUGGUCCAGUCGACGCCCUAUCACAAAAUGGCGCCCGGAAUGAUCGCGAAACUGGCACGGAACGUGCGCGCGCACGUGUACCACAAGGACACGUCUGUGCAGGUGCUCGCGCUGAUCGUGAUGGGUUGCGUGCUGACGUCAGAGCCUACCAUUCCCGAAACGUUGAGAGUCGUCGUACGGGGCGUCGACUCGCGUCACACCGACGUCGGCGUCGACGGCAUCGUAGUCGACGCCGACGCUUUCGAAUUCGCCGAGUUUUCCGACGAUGACGGCGACGUCGAAGAAGGCGGGACGACGCCGUGGCUCCUGAAGCGAUGUCUCGCCAACUUGGAGGCGGACGAGCAGGUCGUGCCCGCCCCCGUCAAGCUGGAGUCGCUCCAGGUGAUCUCCGCGAUGACCCAAAACUAUUUCGCGCAGUUGACGGCGCCCCAUCUGGCGGCCAUCGCCGCCGUCCUCGCCAAGGCCCUGGCGGACAAGUACGGGGACAUCAGGCUGCACGCAGGGCGGACGGUGGAUUUUAUCGGACAAGCGAUGCAACGUGUCGACCCGGAACCGAAUUUUGGGGCCGUCGAACGUCGCCUCCAAUUUUGGGAACCGCUGCUCGCGGGUCCGCUUAUUUCACUCCUACAGGACGAGACCCACGCGAAUCUACGCGCCGUCGGCUGCGACUGCUUGGGCAGCGUCGGUCCUCUCGUGUUUAAUCAUCUGCCUCGCAGCAGGCAAAUCUUGUGCGUCACGGUGUUAUUCGCUUGCGCCAAAGACGAAGACGGAACGGUCAAGGGUGCCGCAGUGCGUGCCCUCGCCAUAUGCGUGUUGUACCCUUCUCUGAGAAGCGAUCCGGGUUUUGUCGAAGACACCGCCGCGGUUAUCCACCAGGCUCUCACGGACGACAACCUGACGGUUAAGAUUAAGGCUUCGUGGUCGCUGGGCAACUUGAGCGACGCCCUCGUUUUGAACAGCAAAUCGGACGACGGCGCCGAGACGUUGCCCGACGUCCUGCUCCUCAAACUGCUCGAGGUGGGGGUGCGAUGCGCGUCGGACAACGAGAAAAUCCGUACGAACGUGGUCCGGGCGAUCGGGAACCUGCUCCAGCUGGUGGACGCGAGGCUCGCGCUUCGCGCCGACUUUAGGGGCGCGUGCGAGCGUGCCCUGACGUCCCUGGUCAAGAAUUGCAGCAGCGGCUCCAAUUCGAAGGUUAGGUGGAACGCGUGCUACGCGCUGGGCAACGCGCUGAAAAACCGUGCCCUUUAUGACGUGCUCGACGGCGCUGCCUGUCGUCCGACGGUAUUCGCGACGCUGACCGACCUGGUGGUCGGCUUCAAAAACUUCAAGGUUAGGAUCAACGCCGCGGUGGCGCUGGCGUCGCCACCGGAACGCGCCCAUUACGGCCCGUUUUACGUAUCCGUAUGGGCGUCCAUGUUGAAAGCGCUCGAAAACUCGCAGAACAUGGACGAUUUCAGUGAGUACAAGCACAGGGACCACCUUAUCGAACAGCUGUGCAUCGGACUGGCCCACCUGACCGUCGUUCUGACCGUCGACGAUUUGGUCGCAUUGGAAGAGUUGCUGAGGCUGUACCUCGAGGUAUUUAAGGGUCACGCGCGCCGCGUGCUCGACAGACUGGUGCCCGAAAAGUCCAGCGAGCUGUUUUCCGCGUCUUGUUACCUGGACAACCUGCGCACGACCGGAAACCUGACCGACGCCCAAAAACGCGUCCUGAAGGACCUUCUUGACGUGUUCCGAACCGAAUUCUAACGCCUACUUCGCGAAUUAAAUUAUUUUUAUCCGU